AUGCCGACUACUCGUCCUUCUGUCGCUGGGCCUGGUGCUAUCGGCGAUCGUGAAGGUGCUCGACGUAACAGCUGGGAGCCGUGGACUACAGAUGUAGACAGUGGCCGAACUGGUGCCGAUUCGGCCUCGCAGACCAUGUCUAUCAAGGCAGCGGCUAGGCGUGCAUCCGAGUUCUCAGCCGGUGGUCGCGCUUUGGGUGCCAAUGGCCGAGCUGCUGGCUCUCCGCUUGCUAGACACCGCCUAUCCACUGUCGCCAACUUGAGUGUACCUGAAAUCGGUGGUACUGGCACGAACUUCUCCGCCUUAAGACGCGCCUCUCAGCCCGCUUAUGUCCCGUUCUCUCAAGCAACCGACAAUUUGUCCAAUGGCAUGAGCUCUUUGUCCAUCGGGAACGACAACGCACCCUCUACCCGCGCGUCCUUCAACGCUGGCGCUCCUCAUUCGGCGAUUCGAAACGCCGCUCUGUCCGCCCAUCGGCCUAGUCUUCCGGGCUUGUACGGCAACUCAGCCCCUAGCCAGCCAGACGGAGGGUGGAACCCAUACUAUUUUGGCUCGCACGCCGCCGCAGGAAACCAACUGGGCUCGACCGGCUCCAGCCACGACUCUCCUACCUCCUUGGAGUUGUCUGCAGCUGUUGCCUAUGGACAAGGUUAUGAUUACCGCCGUGAUUCUGGCUAUGGGCCGUCUCCGCCUAUCGUCACUAGCUCUGACUCCCGACGCGACUCGUACGCAUCACAAAUGGCAGCCGCUACGGACUUGAACAACAUCAGACGAACCCAAUCGGCUUGGCACAUACAUGAUGCAUUCGCCACUGCCCCACAAAUUAGACAUUCUUCCUUCUCGUUCAUGCCCAACCAAACUUCCGGCAUCGGUGCAGCUGGGCUUUCUCAAGGCAUGCAUGCCGGCGCUUAUGGACUCGGUGCCAACAGUGUCGCAGGGUACGGCGGUCACUUCGCUGGGUCCUACAACCCCUCUUUGAUGCCGAUGGACUCCAUGUUGAACAGCGGUCACGUGUUCACUCAGCAGCAACUCCUAGCUGAGGCCAGACGUCAGUCUAUUAACCUUCAAAACCUCGAGUUGAACGGAUAUGGCAGCGCGCAAUACACCAACCCCGGCACAUACAACAUGCACCCCGCCGUCAUGGCCGGCAACAUGGGUCCCAGAGGUGGGCCAGCUCCCGUCACCAACGCCGCUGGUGGAAAACCUGCCCCACCGUCACGCAACCACAGUACCGUGUCGCACAGGUCCAGCUUUGAUUCCGGUCGGGUUUCUAGGAGUGCAAUUCUGGAAGAAUUCAGAUCUAACAAACACCGCCGCUGGGAGUUGAAAGAUAUGACUGGCUUGAUUGUGGAAUUCGCUGGUGAUCAGCUUGGAUCCCGACACAUCCAGUCUAAGUUAGACACUGCCACACCAGAAGAGAAGACGAUUGUCUUUGAGGAAAUCUAUCCUCACGUUCUCCAAUUGUCGAUGGAUGUGUUUGCCAACUACGUUGUUCAAAAGUUCUUUGAGCAAGGGAGCGAGACUCAGAAGGCUAAAUUAGCCGAGUCCUUGAGAGGCCACGUCUUACAACUCUCCUUACAGAUGUACGGUUGCCGCGUCAUCCAAAAGGCCUUGGAGUUUAUUCAAGUUCCUCAGCAACACUUGCUCAUCAAGGAGUUGGAGGGCGAAGUUAUCCAAUGUGCCAAGGACCAGAACGCCAACCAUGUCCUCCAAAGAUCUUUGGAGCGUAUCGACUGCAACGUGAACUUGUUCAUCAGCAAAGCCUUUACCGGCCAAGCGUUCGCCUUGGCCACUCAUCCAUACGGCUGCAGAGUUCUGCAAAAAGUCUUCGAACAUAUGCCUGAUGACCAAACUAAGUCACUCCUCGAAGAGCUUCACCGAUUUUCCAACAACCUUAUGACCGACCAAUAUGGCAAUUACGUUGCCCAAUGGAUUAUUACUGAUGGCAAGCAGGAAGAUGCUGCUGCGAUGCUUGCCAAGGUUAAAGGUCAAGUCUUGCUUUUGUCCAAGCACAAGUUUGCCAGUAACGUUGUCGAAAAGGCCAUCUUGAAAUCCACUGAUGAAGAGAAGAAGGAAAUGAUCGACGAAAUCCUUGCUCCUCGCCCGGAUGCCACUUCAACCGUAGGCAUUAUGUUGAAAGACGCGUUUGCCAACUUCCCGUUGCAAAAGUUCUUGCAAGCCGCCAAGGAGCCCCAACGCACUCAAUUGUUUGCAGAGGUUGGUGAGCAAUUAGCCGACAUGAAGAAGUAUAGCCUCUCCUACGGCAAAUACUUGGUUGCCAUCGAGAAGUUGGUCAACAACGAGAAGGCCAACGUACAAUUCAACACCAACAUUUCGUUGAGCAACAGCCUCUCCAACAACAUGGCUAGUAACAUCCCAGCUGCCGGUCCGAUCACCCCCUCAGUCACUCAGAUUGCUGUUUAG